GUGAGCCCGGGCCAGGGCUCUGGGCUCUGACGGCGAGGUCCCAGGGGUCCGCCUGCCUUCUCGACGCGUUUCUAGGCCCAGGGAAGCCGGCGUACCUGGAGGUGCCGACUAGGGGAAGCCAGAUUUGGGGGCAGGCGACGAGGCAUCAGGCUGAAAAAUGGCAUUUCAGAAGGCAGUUAAAGGGACUAUUCUAGUUGGAGGAGGGGCUCUUGCCACAGUUCUAGGACUUUCUCAGUUUGCUCAAUACAGACGGAAGCAAGUGAACCUGGCGUAUGUAGAAGCAGCCGAGUGCUUUACAGAACCUGUCAACCGGGAGCCUCCUUCCAGAGAAGCUCAGCUACUGACUCUGCAAAACACACCUGAAUUUGAUAUCCUUGUUGUUGGAGGAGGAGCAACAGGCAGUGGCUGUGCGCUAGAUGCUGUUACUCGAGGACUAAAAACAGCCCUUGUUGAAAGAGAUGAUUUCUCAUCAGGGACCAGCAGCAGAAGCACUAAAUUGAUCCAUGGUGGUGUGAGAUAUCUUCAGAAGGCCAUCAUGAAGUUGGAUAUUGAGCAGUAUAGGAUGGUAAAAGAAGCCCUUUAUGAGCGUGCCAACCUACUAGAAAUUGCUCCCCAUUUAUCAGCUCCAUUACCUAUAAUGCUUCCAAUUUACAAGUGGUGGCAGUUACCUUACUACUGGGUAGGAAUCAAGCUAUAUGAUCUGGUUGCAGGAAGUAGUUGCUUGAAAAGCAGUUAUGUCCUCAGCAAAUCGAGAGCCCUUGAACAUUUCCCAAUGCUCCAGAAAGACAAAUUAGUAGGAGCAAUUGUCUACUAUGACGGACAACACAACGAUGCGCGGAUGAACCUUGCCAUUGCACUCACUGCUGCCAGGUAUGGGGCUGCCACAGCCAAUUACAUGGAGGUAGUGAGCUUGCUCAAGAAGACAGACCCUGAGACAGGCAAAGAGCGUGUGUGCGGUGCCCGGUGCAAGGAUGUCCUCACAGGGCAGGAAUUUGACGUGAGAGCCAAAUGUGUUAUCAACGCUACAGGACCUUUCACAGACUCUGUGCGCAAAAUGGAUGAUAAGAACGCUGCAGCCAUCUGCCAGCCGAGUGCUGGUGUCCAUAUUGUGAUGCCUGGUUAUUACAGCCCCGAGAGCAUGGGACUUCUUGACCCAGCAACCAGUGAUGGGCGAGUUAUUUUCUUCUUACCCUGGCAAAAGAUGACUAUUGCUGGCACAACCGAUACUCCAACUGAUAUCACAUCCCAUCCUAUUCCUUCGGAAGAAGAUAUUAACUUCAUUUUGAAUGAAGUGCGUAACUACCUGAGUUGUGAUGUGGAAGUGAGAAGAGGAGAUGUCCUAGCAGCAUGGAGUGGUAUCCGUCCCCUCGUUACUGAUCCCAACUCUGCAGAUACUCAGUCCAUCUCUAGAAAUCACGUUGUUGAUAUCAGUGAGAGUGGCCUUAUCACUAUAGCAGGUGGAAAAUGGACAACUUACCGAUCUAUGGCGGAAGAUACUGUAAAUGCUGCCAUCAAGACUCACAAUUUGAAAGCAGGACCAAGUAGAACAGUUGGGCUUUUCCUUCAAGGGGGCAAAGAUUGGAGCCCCACCCUCUACAUCCGGCUUGUCCAGGAUUAUGGACUUGAAAGUGAGGUGGCACAGCAUCUUGCUGCCACCUAUGGUGACAAGGCUUUUGAGGUGGCCAAAAUGGCAAGUGUGACUGGAAAGAGAUGGCCUGUCGUUGGAGUACGUCUUGUGUCAGAAUUUCCAUAUAUUGAGGCAGAGGUAAAAUACGGUAUUAAGGAGUACGCCUGCACCGCGGUGGAUAUGAUUUCACGCCGCACUCGUCUGGCCUUUCUCAACGUUCAGGCAGCAGAAGAAGCCCUACCGAGGAUUGUUGAACUGAUGGGCAGAGAAUUGAAUUGGGAUGAUUAUAAGAAAGAGCAAGAACUUGAAACAGCCAGGAAGUUUCUUUAUUACGAAAUGGGCUAUAAAUCUCGAUCAGAACAAUUAACAGAUCGCUCUGAAAUCAGCCUGCUGCCUUCAGACAUCGACAGGUACAAGAAGAGAUUUCAUAAGUUUGAUGCAGACCAAAAAGGAUUUAUUACCAUUGUUGAUGUUCAGCGUGUAUUAGAGAGUAUCAAUGUCCAAAUGGAUGAAAAUACACUCCAUGAAAUUCUGAAUGAAGUAGAUUUAAACAAAAAUGGACAAGUUGAACUCAAUGAAUUUUUGCAGCUGAUGAGCGCUAUUCAGAAGGGAAGGGUGUCUGGAAGCCGGCUUGCUAUCCUAAUGAAAACGGCGGAAGAGAACCUGGACAGAAGAGUUCCGAUUCCCGUGGACCGUAGUUGUGGAGGAUUGUGAGUGUAAACAGUAAAUCCACAGCCAGCAAACAUAGGAACAAACCAACCACAAUGUAACUACCAGAGAUGACUUAAACCACUCUAAAACAGUGGAUAUGGAUAGCUGCCUUUCUAAACACUGGACAACAUUCCAAAACUGUAGGAUGUUAGUGUAUUUGCCAACUUUAUUUACCAAUGCUUUAUUUGUAUUUGCCACUCAACCUAGCUUCUAAAAAGUAUAUUUAAUCUUUUUCCUCAUUUUCAACGCACACCGAUUUAAUGUUUUACAUCCCUUUGGUAACCUGUUGGACUUGACACAUUUAUUCUAAAUCAGUUGUAGAGGCAGAAUAUUUUGGCAGAACUUGUAAAAAUAAGCUGGAAAAUUAAGUUUGUAGAUAGCAUUUGUUCUUAAAAAGAGUGACCUAUUGAAGAGAUAGUGGUCCUCAAGAUUUCUCAGCCCCUUUUUGUCCUCAGCUUGUCUGCCUUCCUCAUCCAAACAAUACUACAAGAGCAUGACUGGCAAAAUUGGAGAGGGAAGAAGUUUAGAUCUGGUUUCAGGAGCAAGUCUCAAAGAGAAACUCUGAGAGCUUGCAGAAUCGCAGGUAUGAGAUAAGGAUAGCGUUGACAUUUGCUGUGAGUUACAGUGAUAGUUCCAUUUUUUUCCCCAGUCACUGCUGUUUUUCUUUGACUAUUACAGUUGCCAGGAGGAUCCGUGUUUUUUCUUACUUGAAAACCAGCAUUUAAGUGGCAAGUUGGAUGUAAUGGGAUGAAGCCAAAUUUAUGCGAUUUUAAGUAGUAAUACAUUUAAGGGUUAAAUACGUAUUUAUGUAAACGUAUAUGAUGAUAUAAUUUUCCAUCCCUGAAUCCUACAUUUUGGAGCAUGUGGUAUUGUCAAAUUUGGCCUAUCAUUUGGAAACAGAGAAGGGUAUUUGCAAAUAAAAAUGGUAAAAAUAGUAAGAGGAUAAAAAAAGUAACUAUAGUGAUAAGUAAAAUAAGGCAGAACACUUCAAUAUCCAAGGUCAUUUUGGUUGCCUAAAGCAUUUCCCCUUCUGUUCUCAGUAGAAAAAAAUUUUAAUCAACCAAAAGUGAAAAUAAAAAAAAAAAAAUAAAAACACAUGCAUAUAUCCACAUAAAACAAAAACAAAAGUCAGUGUGCAUUGAAUUUAACAAGUAUUGCAUUGAAUUUAAAAUGCCAGUUUGGGAUGCUUUUGCUAUAUUUUUGUGGCAUUUUAACUAGUCAUUUUAACAUUUAUUAAUUGUGCUUCCUCUUAUAAAGUUAAGUACCUAUUUUUUGUGUAAAUCAGGUUCUGUAUGUGUUAGGAAAUGUAACACUUGAUUUCACAGCAAGUUUUUGUUGUGCAGAUUUGAGGCUUUAGUUUUUUAAACUGGACAAAAAAGAAUUUUGUACUAUUGUUUCUGAUUAUGUCAACAUUGCAGAACAUCUUUUUGUCUCAUGUUAUAAUAUAAACAGGGAAGGUUCACUCACCUGCACCCCCACCUGCCACCUCUGAAACUGCGUGGACAUAAGAUAGCAUCUUAACUCAUUUUAUUAAAAUGAAAUUUAGAUUCUUCCUACAUCCUAAAGUAAAACCUACAGCAGAGCAAAUGAUGGUCUCCCAGGUGUCACUGUGAACUUUUUCUUUCGAAAUGUGAAUUUUUUUACACUGACUUUUUUUUU